UGUUUCUGUUUCCUAGGAGCUAGGUAUGGAUCUUUAAUGAGGGACAGCGAUUUUGUCAAUUGAGUCUCACCGCGUAAAGUCAACCAUUUUUCGUGUUAUUUGCCCUCAAUCUUAACUCAAGUUACAAGACUCCAAAAACCAAAAGCAACAUGGACGAACAUAAAAAGUUUCUAGCAGAUCGUCUGCUUAGUGAAGAACAACCGAUCACAUAUCGGGUCUUGAGUAGAGCUUUGGAUGUACAUGUCAACACUGCCAAAGAGAUGCUUUAUGACUUUCACAGCUAUCAAAAUGCGCAGAAAGCUAACUCUGUUCAUGCGACAUAUCUAAUUUAUGGCACCAAAACUCCAGAGAAGGACGAAUCUGACGGCGAUGUUGAAAUGUCAGGCUCAUCGCCCGAGGAGCCCCUUUCAGAUGAGGUUCCGACUUCCACACUGACUCUGGCUCGGGAAGAAGAACUAAACGAUAUUCUAGCUGCUUAUGAGCAGGUAGUUUCGAUCCACGUUUACAGUCUUUCACCUCAUCCCCAAAAAAACCUUUCUCUCCUGUCAGAUGUUGCAUCUCAACUCUCGGAGUAUUCAUCAAGUGGGGACAUCACUGCCACAUCUAAGAAGUAUGGCGUUAUUAGCAACCCGAACGCUCGAAGUAGAGAACGGACGAUCCGACCUCAAGCGUCUGCUUCAGCUCCCUCUCAGGCCGUCAAGAAAGAGCCUGCUGCAUCAAAGUCAACAUCCAAGACAACGGUCAAGCAAGAAACGUCAACGGUGAAGCCCGAGGCAAAGCAAAUGAAGUCUGCUAAACAGGAGUCUUCAGCUCCGUCGUCCAAGGAGGGAACACCAGCUCCAAGUGGCGGGAAGAAGCCAGCGCCAUCUCUUAAACGAGGAGUAUCUGGCGGUAUCAUGCAAUCAUUCGCAAAAGCGGCUGCACGACCACCUAAACCCAAGCCUGCCCCCAAGAAGGAAGAGGACACAACUAUGGCUCUCUCUGAUGACGGGGAGGCAGAUGACUCUGAUAUCGUGGCAACCAAGUCAAAGUCCACUGUGGAUUCUACCGAUAUCAAGCGAAAGCGCCAGGAACGUGAGGAUGCACUACGAAAAAUGAUGGAAGACGAUGACGACGAAGAGGAGAAGGAAGAUUCCGACAAGGAAUCCGAGCAAGCCGACGAAGAGAUGGAAGAAGCACCAGAACCUGAGCCAGAGCCCGAGGCCAAGAAGGAAGAGAGCGAACCAGCAGAAGUGAUCUCGAGCACUGGCGAUGGGCGCAGGAGGGGUAGAAGACGCGUGAUGAAGAAGAAGCGAAUCCUUGACGAUCAAGGAUAUAUGGUCACCAUCCAAGAACCUGGCUGGGAAUCCUUUUCUGAGGAUGAGGCUCCCCCACCGGCCAAAGAGGCAGCCCCUGCUCCUACACCUACACCAUCAUCAUCUACAGGCUCCAAAUCAAAGAAGCCGGCGCCAAAGGGACAGGGCAACAUUAUGUCGUUCUUUUCGAAGAAGUAGAAUGCAUUUAGAAGGACCAUUAAAAAGAACUGGGGAGGAUAACGACUGCAGAAAACAUAUUCUAAUCAUUUGUUGGCAUCUAUAAUAUCGCUAUCGGCCAUUGUGCUAGCAAGCGCCUUGUAUUUCUCAGGGUCGGCCUUUAUCCUCUGAAGCACGUUUGAUAACCUCUCAACACCUUCUACCAAGUCCUUCUCGGGGACAUAUGCGAAUGUCAGCCGUACGGCGUUGUCCAAAUAAACAGAAGCCUCAUCGCCAGGCACUUGAAACAUAGUCCCAUUUCCCACAACUACAUUCUCCUCGGUCAUCGUGACUUCUGAAACAAGCUUGGCUGAGAUACCCUCUUCCAAUGUGAGCCACACAAAGUAACCGCCAUAAACACUGCCGUUGACAAGACCAGCGUCUCGGAUGCCAACAUUAAGAGGCUCGAGGUGCUUAUGUAUAGCUUGCAUCAUGAUCCGGUGUCGAUGUUGAAGUUGAGGCCUGAGAGUAGUAGCAAGUCGCUCCUGAAGAGCCCCUGACUGAACCAAAUCGGCCAUGAUAGAUGCAGAAAACUGACUCGGCGAACCACCAGACUUUGUUGCACCCGUCUGUGCCAAUCCAAAUGCAAAAGCAGGAGAUCCUUCGAGCCAACCAGUUCUCAUUCCCGGGCCAGUGAGUUUACUGAACGAUCCAUUACUGACAGCGUGCCCAAAACCAUGGGGAUCGUUGUUCGCACGACCCAUGGCCAAGUCAAUGUCACACAGGCGCGGGAGUAGCAUUUCUGGAUGCUCGUUGGCGCCCAAACUGCUUGAAACUUUGCUGGGAUCGCUGUCGAUGCGCCAUUGGAGAAAAUCAUAAACGUCGUCGCAGAUGAUGAGGGCAUCAUA